AUGCAAGCAAAUAUUGAAAACUGUGCUGAAUCCCCAUUAGAUAAUCGUUUGAAUCCUAUUAAAUUAGAACGAGAAGAUCCUGCUGAGCGUUCUAAUGAAGUUUCCUCAACAAUUCGACAGCGUCGACCCGUUUUAAAUGACGCUACAUAUGAAACAAAAUUAAUUGAUAAAGAUGAUAAAGCACCUAAAAAAUUACUCGAUAAAUUCUUAUUUUCACGAAUAUUUGGAAUAUUAUUGAUAUGUUUAAUUACUUUACUAAUGAUUUUUAUGAGUAUGCGAUAUGGACAAGAAAUUUCUCAAAAUAAAACUCUUAUCUUUCAAAAUAUCGUAAAUUUAGCAGAUUCUGGAUCAGAAAAAUUGUCAUCGCUUGAAAUUCCAGAAACUAGUGAAAUGAGUAGUAAUCGUGUCAUCAUUCGAGACCUUGGUGUGAUAAUGGAAAAAAGUGAUAUUGUAGUUAAAAAUGGGAAGAAAAUUUCUGAAGUACUCUUUGGAUUAGAUAAAGAAAUACAGGUUGCAGGUGAUGAACUCGAUGAAUUUCGGCAUCAAGCAAAAAGCUUUUUCUUUUCACUUGCAAGUGAAAUGAAGGCUAUCACACAAGAAAUUGAAAAUUCGCAGUGGUUAGAAUAUGGUUUUUUCAAAUAUUUUAUUAAAACAAAUAGCCACUUGUUGUCAAAUGAUGCAGCGGAAUUUAUUUAUAAACGACUCGAAGUAUUAGAAAAACAGAUACCUGAAUUUCAAGAACAACUUAGGCGAGUUCUUUCCGCGAUUUAUUCAGUCCAUAAUAGUGCAGAUAAUACACAUGGAUAUCUGAUUGAUGGAGAACGUGAAGCCGAACGAGCUUUAAAAGAACACUGGUUAGGUAAUAUUGUCGAUUCUACAGUGAGAAAAAGAGCCGAGGAUGAGCUUUUACGAGUACGAAUUAUAAUUAAAACGUUGAAGGGAAUAGCACCAAACCUUAUAAAUUUUGAAAACUUUUUAAAAGAAUAUCGUCGCAAUCUACAAUAUAUUGCCAAAGAAAUUCAAAAUGUUCCCACAAAACCAUCAGCCGAAGAUAUGAAGUAUUUGAAAAAAGCAGUUGCAGACCUUGAAGAGCAACAUGCACAAUUUUCUUCAGCAAAGAAACAAUAUAUAUCCAUGGAUGCUUACAAUGCUAAAUAUUUUGAAGAAAACGAGACUCUUGAAGAGCAACACACAAAAUUCUCUUCGGAGGAAUACAAGCCUGUAGAUACUUAUGAAGAUGAUGAAGAAAAUGCUCAAAAGCAUAACUAUUCUAUGUUUUAUGCAUAUUGGGAAAAGAUAUCAAAAUGGAUAUAUAGUAUUGUCACGUAUCCUAUAUCUUAUGCAUAUAAAUUAGCAAAAUGGAUGUAUAGUAUUAUCGCGCAUUGGCAUAUAAGUUAG